CACCAGAGACUGAGACCUACUCUAUUUAAACCCGGAGGAAGAAAAACAUACAUCUCAGCUCCACUCUCAGCUGACCUCCCACUGAAGGGCUCUGACUGUACCAGCCACUAUAGCAGUGACCACGCCCUUCCUCACUACCACUGUCCCCUCUCUCUCUCCCUACCCUCAUGAACUUUCAAGUGCAAAGGAUUCUCCCAUCCUAGCUAGGGUUAUGGUCUUGAUUAUCCAUUCAAAUCCCCAACUAAAGAUAAAAACCCUGUGAUCUUCCCAGCCCUGUACUACCCUUUACAUACUCUAUGGAUAGGUCUGUGCCACUGUGGCACCCCCAAAAAUCCCUCCGUUUGUCCUUCCCUUCUCAGGAGUCAUGCCCCCAUGAGCCCUAAAGCUUUACCCCACACAGGAUGGCAGAAGUUCCACAGCCCAACUCCACCUUCCCACGCCCAGCCUUCUUCCUACUGACUGGCAUCCCAGGGCUAGGGGGGACCCAGGCCUGGCUGACACUGGUCUUUGGGCCCAUGUAUCUGCUGGCCCUGCUGGGCAAUGGAACAAUGCUGGCAGUGGUGCAGGUAGAUUCCACACUGCACCAGCCCAUGUUUCUCCUCCUGGCCACCCUGGCAGCCACAGACCUGGGCUUAGCCACAUCCGUAGGCCCAGGGUUGCUGGCUGUGAUGUGGCUCGGACCCCGCCCUGUGCCAUAUGCUACCUGCCUGGUCCAGAUGUUCUUUGUCCAUGCGCUGACUGCCAUGGAAUCUGGAGUACUCCUGGCCAUGGCCUGUGAUCGUGCCGUGGCAGUAGGGAGUCCACUGCACUACUCUAUCCUUGUCACCAAAGCUCGUGUGGGAUAUGCAGCCCUGGCACUGGCACUAAAAGCUGUGGCUAUUGUUGUGCCUUUCCCUCUGUUGGUGGCACGAUUUGAACACUUCCGAGCCAAGACCAUAGAGCAUGCCUACUGUGCACACAUGGCGGUGGUGGAGCUGGUGGUGGGUAACACACGGGCCAACAAUCUGUAUGGGCUAGCGCUCUCACUGGCCGUGUCAGGUGUAGAUAUUCUGGGCAUCACUGGCUCUUAUGGGCUCAUUGCCCACACUGUGCUGCGACUGCCUACCAAGGAGGCCCGUGCUAAGGCCUUUGGCACAUGUAGUUCCCACAUCUGUGUCAUUCUGGCUUUCUAUGUGCCUGGUCUCUUCUCCUACCUCACACACCGCUUUGGUCGUCACACUGUCCCCAAGCCCGUACACAUCCUUCUCUCUAACAUCUACUUGCUGCUGCCACCUGCCCUCAACCCUCUCAUCUAUGGGGCCCGCACCAAGCAGAUCAGGGACCGGUUCCUGGAAACCUUCACAUUCAGAAAAAGCCAGUUCUGAUGGGCACUGAAAACAAUGAAGCCUAGAGGUGGUGCUGGGGGACAUUCAAAAAAUCUGGAAUCUGGAAGUAUGAACUAUGUCAUUGGCCUCAUUAUCUGCAUAUGACUCUCAUAACCACUCAACAGGUGUUUGCUGUGAAGCCCCUACUAUGGGUACCACUGGAAUGUGUAGUUAGGCCUAGCCACAUAUCCUGCUUGUGGGGAGGCAGGGGUCAGGGGCCAGUGUGUUACCAUGCAAGGAAAAUAAGAUCAGGAAUUAUCGUGGGAUCCUAGCACACAAGAUUUAAAGAAAACUCCCCUCCUUGCCUCUCCCCAUCAUUUUAACUUAAGUCUGCCCCUGUUCCCUCACAGUAGCUCCUCUGCAGAUCCUGAAUCUAGGUGUCUGGGAAGAGGGACAGUUCCUCUGGAGACUAGUUCUUGUCUGGGAUCACAGCCCUAUUUCUGGGGUCAGAUUCUGUUCUAGCCAGAGUCAUACAGGCUUCUCCCCCACCUUCCGAGAAUCUAGAUGUGUCCUGGGGUCCCAGUUUCACCAGGACACUGAUCUUUAAGAUAUUCCCAGUUCAG